AUGCCAAAGUCCCUGGCACAACAGCGUUCUGCCGCCCUGGCGCUCGCCGAUGAGGACGAAGGGGAUGAGGACGAAGUCGUCCGAGUCUUGGAAUCCUUGGAGAAUUCGGGGACUGCGGUCAUUGUUUGUCGCUAUCCUUGCGAAUCGCUGGAAGUUAUGGAAAAGUUGCAAAAGUGCAUGGAUAGACAUCCUUGGGAUGAGAAACACAGCAUUAAGUCGAUGCCUGCAUCAUGUGAACCACCAUCAAUGAAAUGGUUCAACUUCUCUGCUCAAUUGUUUGACACGGCUUUCAAUGGUGAAUUUUCUUUCAGCGGUGUGAGCAUUGACUUAUCCUGCAGUCUCCGUCGGCAGCGCCUUAUUGCCGCAAAUGCCUUGAUCGUGGGGGCGUUUCUGAUGAUGAUACUUUUCUACUACUUUCUGUACAAGCGAGUGUAUGCCGACAGGGAACACCCUGAGCAGGUUCUGACCAUCAUUGUGACAGUAUCCUGCGCGUUGGGUAAUGUUCUGUUGAACCAGCUAGUGUGGUUUGCUUCUGAAAGGGUCGGCUUUCGACUGAAGGCGCACAGCGAUGCCUUCGUCCUGACUUGGUAUACAAUUGUUGUCUAUACCAACAUGUGCUUCAAUUUUGUUGUUAUAUGUUGGUCAUCAGGGAAAAUGCCUGAUGAUGCUGUUGCAGCGAUUCAGUACGAGUCGGCCCUCUCAGUACGACUUGUAGCCUUUUUGCGGGGCUCCUUCAUCUCCUAUGCAGCUUGGCCACUGUUCUACCCUUUCUGCUGGGUGCGGGGCCUUGUGCAGGUGCUAUACUUGCACCUCACUCGAAGUCCUGAUCUCACCUUCCAACGAGCCAAGUGGCUGGCCGAGCGUGCAGCAGAGCCACCCGAAUGGUACAUGCAGUAUGACUAUGCUGGAAUUGUGGUGCUGAAGGGCACAUCCUUUAUGUGUCUCUUCGUUUUUGGAGCAGAGACAUGGAAGGUUUUUUCUUGGGAUAUUGUUUGGGCUUGUUGCAUCUAUUUCGUGAACAAAUACAUUUACAUUGCCCUCAGCAAGGAAACCUACUACACCUCCAGGAAUCUGGACACCACAGCAAUGAAGCUGCUCACAGUUUCCACCGGAGUUCUGGGAGGAUGCGCCUGCCACUGGGGCUUCCGAGCAGGGCAGCCCUUUCUUUUCGUGCUUGCGGUGAGCUUGUGCGCUGUCCCAUUCCUUUGGGCUUGUGAUCACAUCAUUGAGUCAGCCUCUGCGAGAAGUGCAUUAGAGCGGGUGUGGUAUGAUGGCUUGCCCUACGAGCAGGUUGAACGCAUGUACCCAUUCAAUUGGUUCAAUGUAAACCCUGGCCACGUUCUGCGGAUCCUGCAUGGGGUUGAGGCUCCACCGGCAGAUCCUAGCCUGCGCAUGCAUCAGCAAGUAGUGUGGCUACAUGGCAAAGGCUAUUUGCAGCCGGAUCUCCUCUUGGACUAUGGAGAAAAGGAAGAACACGAGGAUGACACAGACGGCAUUGAUAUCUCCACCGUGGCUGGGCUGAUGGAAGCUGAAAUGCAUGCUAGAGGAUCUGCAAGAACACUUACAGCCCCACGUCCAACAAUCCCCAUGGGGACACGAGUGGAACCGGCGGCAGGCAGCAGCAUUGCAUCACGAGUGGAACCACCUCCAGGACCACCUCCAGCAGUUACCAUGCGGACACAAAGAGUAGAACCAGGAGGAGGUAUCAGCAACGGCAAUGCAUCCCAAGGAGUCGAACCACCUCGAGGACCACCACCAGUAGUUACUAUGGGGCAACGUCCAGGACCACCACCAGCAAUCACCAUUGUGACACAAAGGAUAGAACGACCUCCAACAGCUUCCACGAGCCUUGCGAGCCCUGCGAGCCCUACGAGCCCUACGAGCCUUACGAGCCCUACGAGCCCUACGAGCGAGCCCUAG